AUGCUGGCUCGACUGCUCAUACUAUGGCUCCAGCACGCUUCACUAGCGGUGCAAGCAGGGUGUUACCUCCCCGAUGGAACGGAUCGAAAUGCUAGGAACGACACCAUUGCCGGCAAAACCCGAUAUGAACCAUGCUCUACCGGAGCCGGCCACAGCAUGUGCUACAACACAAAAGAUGGAGAUACCUGCGUCGAAGACGGGCUUAUCUACAAUCCGGGCGGCCAGCUCUGGCGCGAGAGCUGCACUGACCCGACGUGGCAGGCACCAGAGUGCCUCAAAGUCUGUUACGAUGACCAGCUGAGUCCAUCUCUCCUGGCAGACGAGGGAGGCAAGCGCAUGAGCUCGAUCGACAUGACCAUCGAAAAAUGUCACGACGGGACCUUCUGCUGCGGCGGGCACGACUACGCACAGAAGAACUGCUGCGCUCUUGGGAAGGGCUUCUCGAUUGUCAACAGGACUGCUUCCUACAGCUCGUCAACGGCGUCUUCGACAACUUCAGCCAUCCCAAGCUUCACGGCGACACUCACCACCUCCACAGAUCACGCCUCCAGUCCUACCGCCUCGGCCCCUUCGUCAAUGACGGGAGAGCCCAGCCCAUCUCCGAACAAGAAGUCGGCAAUAAUCGGCGGUUCUGUCGGCGGCGUAGUGGGCGCUAGUAUUCUUCUCGCUAUCGUCAUAUGCCUUAGAAAGCGUUAUGGGAAGAACAGGGCAGGGUCACAGAUCUGGUUCGACCACGAAACUGCUCGGCAAGAUCCAAUGAAACCUGCUGUGGAGCUGCCAUCGCCCGCGGCGGAGCUGCCAUCGCCGGAGUCGGAACAGUUAUCCAUGAGGAAACAUGCAGCGGAACUGCCUGCUUUCAUCGAACGCACAGAGCUCCCCGCAUAUCGGGAGAACCAGUGGUCCAAAGUUGGUUGA